GAAUGUUAGACGCAUUCUCAAUGCACUCACUAAACCUCACGGAGGACUCUAUCCUAACUAUAUUAACCCCAAAACCGGACAAUUUGGUCAACCUCACAUAUCUAUGGGUGCACUCGGAGACAGUUUUUAUGAAUAUCUACUGAAAGAGUGGAUCCAAUCGGGCGGUAAGGAUAUGGAGGCGCGACAGAUGUGGGACGAAGCCAUCGAUGCUAUUGAGAAGAAUUUGGUGAAGAAGUCAGUGUCAGGUCUGACAUAUUUGGCGGAAAUGAAAUACGACAGACUCGAGCACAAGAUGGACCACUUGGCCUGCUUUUCCGGCGGACUCAUCGCACUCAGCGGUCAGUCACUCGACAUCAAACAAAAGGAGCAUUUCGUGCAAUUGGGCGCUGAAUUGGCGCGAACUUGUCAUGAAUCGUACGACCGGACGGACACCAAAAUAGGUCCCGAAUCGUUCAGAUUCUCGGAAAACGUGGAGGCGAAGGCUGUUAGACCGAAUGAGAAGUAUUACAUCCAAAGACCUGAAGUGAUUGAGGGCUGGUUUUACAUGUGGAGAGUGACACACGAUCCCAAAUACAGAGACUGGGCCUGGAGUGCCGCUCAGGCCAUCCACAAGUACUGCCGGACAGAGACGGGAUAUUCAGGCAUUAAAAACGUUUACGACGUGAAUAGUCCUAAAGACGACGUCCAACAGAGCUUUCUAUUGGCCGAAACAUUCAAAUAUUUGUAUCUAAUCUUCUCGACCGACGAUUUAGUGUCUUUCGACGAGUGGGUGUUUAACACUGAAGCGCAUCCGUUACCCAUUUUGGGCAAAAACCCCGCCUAUCCUAAGAGGACUUCGCAUAAAAGUUAAUUAUGGGAUCAGUUGUUGUUAAAUAGUAAAGACGAGAGAAAAAGUUGUCAAUUCAUGACAAUUGUAUUGACUUAUGGGUUGCCAAUCAACCAUUCAGUCAAUCAAAUUGAUUGCUUUGACUAUUAUUUCGAUAAUCUAUAUUAGAUUGAGAUUAACUUUUAUUUAUUAAAUGCGGAUUUAUUUUUCAAUUUUUAAUAAAUUUUAACCAAAUUUUAGUUCAAAAAUAUUUAAUUAGAGAACAUUUAAAGUGUUCGGAGGAAUAGAAAUUCAAGUCAUUUUGAAUCUCGGUUUUCAAGUGCAC